CGACAGACAGGAAGACGGACAGGAAGGCGCGUGGGCUCCUCCAUCCUUUCGGGCGGGCGGCGGCGGCGGCGGCGGCGGGAGCGGCGGCCGCUGCUGCUGGGCUGCGCGGAGCCUCCCCUCGCCGUCGACUGACGCCUCGCCGGCGAGAGAAGCCGCAGCCCGGAUAUGGCUCGUGGACAGCAGAAAAUCCAGUCACAGCAGAAAAAUGCCAAAAAGCAAGCUGGACAGAAAAAGAAACAAGGCCAUGAUCAGAAGGCUGCAGCUAAAGCUGCUUUAAUAUAUACGUGCACCGUCUGUAGGACACAGAUGCCAGAUCCCAAGACCUUCAAGCAGCACUUUGAGAGCAAACAUCCCAAAACCCCCCUUCCUCCAGAAUUAGCUGAUGUUCAGGCAUAAAAUUCACCGGUGAAUUCAUGGAAUCUAUUGACUCUUCUACUGUCAGACAUUACAUAACAAAUCUACAGCUGCUUUUCUAACGAACUGUUGAUCAGCAAAAAAUGAAGGGGCUAUAGAAACAUUCAUAUUUUUAUGCUGUUCCUCUUGGGCUUCAUGUAAAGACAACUCUGUGUAAUUGUAAAGUUGUGCCCUGCUUGGAAAUCUGGAAAUUGGUUCAUUCUAAAAUUUUUUACAGUUGUAAUUAUAUUGAUGUUCAUAUUGUGUAAAAUAAUUCAUUUAAUAAAAUAGUACUUUGAUUUUACAAUAUCACAGGUCAAAUGCUUGCAGAAAUUCUAUUUCCAUGUUUUAUUUGCCUUAUAAAAUUUCAACAAGUGAACUUCUCACCCUGCCAAAAAUUAAGUAGUUUAGUUAGGGUAGAUUCAUUGCUGUUAAUGAAGUCCAUUAGAAAAAAGGAAAUAAUUUCUCCAUUCAGUAUGCUACUUGCUUGAGCUGAUCAUUUUCUUAAAAAACACUGCUUUGACUGAAGAAGUGUGUACUUUCAACUGUUCAGUUUGGAGUGCCUAUUCUGGUGUGGCCAUUGUGUAAUUUCGCUCUUCAUACAUAAAGGCACUUGCAUCUUGGAUUUAUGCACUGGAGUCACCUGCAGUAGCAGUGAAUCAUCAUACUAAAUGGUGGGAUAGCAGAAGUAUACUUGAACUGAACAUUGUUUUUUACAUGCUCUGAAUGGUUCAGACUAUAGCAACAUGAAAUAACUGGUUUCUGUUGUGAAGACCCACCAUGUAACUUCUGAAUUGAACCCGUAAGAAGUGGGCCACCUGGCAACCUUUCAUAUGCAAAAAUGACUACUGUAAAUGUUUCCCUGUUUGAAAACAAAUAUUGAAAAAGCUUAUUUGAAGGAAUAGGAUGGCAUAUGCAAUAGAAAUAAAGGCUAAUGAAGCUUUGA